AUGGUUGCACUCGUUCAGAGCUCCACCGAGGGCUCGUGCGUGACACCCGAGCUGGAUGCCGGCCUCUCCGCGGCCUCUCCAGCUCGGACCCCAGGCCCGACUCUGGGCGGCUGGGCCGGGAAGCGCGAGAAGGCGUCUCGGUGCCCCGCCCCGGGCUUUGGGGGGGGGCGGAGCACUGAUGGCCAGGCCCAGCCGGCGGGGUUUCCCAUUGGGCGUAGUUGCUUGUCGGCACUCGCGGUGUCCCGGAUGGCGCUGAGAGCUCCGAGGUUGGGGCCGGGCUCCGAGGUCUUCGGGGGCAGCUCUCCGCCGGAGUUCGAGUCGGAGACAGAGUCGGAGUUGGUGUCGGCGUCGUCGGAGUCGUCUGAAACUGCAGGGGAAUUCGGGCCGAGCAGUAGGCGAGUAGUACCCGGCAUCGUCUACCUGGGGCAUAUCCCGCCGUGCUUCCGGCCCCUGCAUGUGCGGAACUUGCUCAGCGCCCACGGCGAGAUCGGCCGCGUGUUCUUCCAGCCGGAGGAUCAUUUGGGCCGGCGAAAGAAGACCGCGACCGCCUCUGGGGGGCGCCGCCUGGGGCAGAGCUACACCGAGGGCUGGGUGGAGUUCCGGGACAAGCGGGUGGCCAAGUUGGUGGUGGCCAGCCUGCACAACACGCCCAUGGGUGCCCAGCGCCGAAGCCCCUUCCGCUAUGACCUAUGGAACCUGAAGUACUUGCACAGAUUCAAGUGGUGCCACCUGAGCGAACGCCUGGCCUAUGAGAGGCAGGUCCGGCAGCAGCGUGUAAGGGCAGAGAUCUCUCAGGCCAAGCGGGAAACAGACUUUUACCUGCAGAGCGUGGAGAAGAGUAAACAUUUCCUGAAGAAGGCAGAAGCUGCAUUGGCUGUUUGUGGGGAGGGGUCAGCAGUCCAAGAGAGAAGUUGGGGCUUCAUCCAGCGUCCCACAGAGCUGGAGAUCAGAAAGCACAGAGAGUUUCAGGCCAGCCAGAGCAAGGAAGGACAGCUACAAGCCCAGAUAGACAAGUUUGCCAAGAAGGCCCGGCCAAAUGAGCCUUUCCUGGCCAAAAUCUUUGGUCCCAGCACCUGAGUUUCUGUGAAACUGACUUUAAUAACCUCAGCUUGGCCAGCACAGUGUAAAGGGGCUGGUGGGGAAUAGGAUGCAAAAAUCUAGUUUUGGGGGCAGCUAGGUGGCACAGUAGAUAAGCACGGGCCCUGGAUUCAGGAGGAUCUGAGUUCAAAGCCAGCCUCAGACACUUGACACUUACUAGCUGUGUGACCCUGGGCAAGUCACUUAACCCUCACUGCCCCCCCAAAAAAGAAAAAAAAAUCUAGUUCCAUUCCAGAUUCUUUCUUGCCCAAUGACAGCUUCCGAGGAACUUCGUCUUGACAAGCUUCAGGAUCAGUCUUUAACUUGCAAGUUAACAAUAAAGUAUUGGCAGUAGGGACUUUUUAAAAAUUUUUUUU